UGGAGAUCGUCACGUUCUCAGCGGGGACCAACCCACGUUAUUUAAUGCACACACCGGUCACGCCAAGUCAAGGUUGGGUAAACCAAAUGCGGUUGCGGCUCUUCUGAACUGAACUGACGAACACAUCUGCCGAGGCUUCCCCAACAUCAACCCCGCCUAUAUCAUCACCUCGAACCGAGUUGGAAUGGGUAAGCUUAUACUGCAGGCUUACUAGUAAGACGCGGAGAAGCGCCGAGUAAGAAAGAUGGGGUUCGCUGACCUGGGGGAGAUGGGGGUUACCGAAUCGUGUAUAAACGAAGCGUCUUUACUUUUACUUCUUACUCCUCACUCCUCACCCCUUUUUACGACAUCUGAGAACAUUAAAACAUAGCAUAGCCAUUGGUACCUAGACAUCAUGACGACACAAGCAGCUUCAGUUAUAGUCCCAACUCUCCAGGAGAGGCAUAGCGGUACACCAGCGCGAUUAGGCGAGAUAGCCGCCGCGGCAAAAUCUCGUGUAUUGGAGAACCGCACGCUCCCGACGGCUCAGCCGAGGAAGCGUUCGGUCCGGCUCCCGCCAGGCGUGUCCUUGGAGAAAUUCGAGGAAGCCGUCAAGGAGCUGAAAGGAGCACUUGGAGCUGAAAAUGUCGAAGUCAAUGACCAGCCAUUGGUCGAUGGGUGGUAUAUGGAACACCCAAACACUCACGAUGCUUUCCAUAUCACAGACCAGGAAGAGCUCGUCAGCAGUGCAACCAUCUAUCCUGGAUCGACCGAGGAGGUCCAAAGCACCGUACGUUGGGCGAACAAGUUUGGAAUCCCAGUCUACCCCAUCUCCAUCGGCAGAAAUCUAGGAUACGGUGGUGCAGCACCACGAGUGCCCGGGGCUGCCGUUAUUGACCUCGGUAGACGGAUGCAUGAGAUCGUUAACAUUGAUGCUGAAAACGCUUCCUGUGUUGUCGAACCUGGCGUGACGUACUACAAACUUUACGAAGAAAUCCAGAACCGGAAACUCCCCCUCUGGGUUGAUACCCCAGACUUGGGUGGCGGCAGUGUGCUCGGCAAUGCGAUCGACCGCGGAGUUGGAUACACGCCGUAUGGUGACCACUUCGCAAAUCACUGUGGCAUGGAAGUGGUCUUGCCUAACGGCGAGGUAUUGCGUACUGGUAUGGGUGCCAUGCCCGGCCCCAACGGAGCAGACAACCCGACUUGGCAGUCUUUUCAACACGCCUUCGGGCCAUCCAUCGACGGAAUCUUCUCGCAGAGCAACUUCGGCAUCGUCACAAAGAUGGGGUUCCAACUAAUGCCGGCGACUGAGCACCAGUCCUACUGCUUCACAUUUCCAAAGGACGAGGAUUUUGAACAGAUUGUAGACCUCAUCCGUCCACUGGCGCAAAGCCGCGUCUUAGGAAAUGUGCCUCAACUACGACAAGUUAUCCAGGAACUGGGCGUAGCAGGACAUCGAAGAGCAGAUCUUCAUGACGGACCGGGCCCUUUGACGCAAGAGGAGAUCAGUGCUGCGGCAUCCAAGCUACCUCUGGGCGACUGCACCUGGAUAUUUUACGGAUGCCAGUAUGGGCCACCCGAGUCCAUCAAGGCGCAGCUCGAUGUCAUCAAAGCUGCGUUCUUCCAGAUUCCAGGAGCGAAGUUCUUCUUGCCCUCAGACUUGCCACCUGAUCAUUAUCUCAGCGACCGAGCACUGGUCUGCAGCGGCGUGCCUGUACUGCGCGAUCUCGACUGGCUUAAUUGGGAACCAAACGGGGCGCAUUUAUUCUUCUCACCCAUUGCGCCGACGCGAGGAAAGGAUGCCCGCAAGGUUCAUGAGAUCGUUGCCGCGGCGCAUAAGCGCUAUGGAUUCAAUCUCUUCCCCACGCUAUGUGUCGCGGGUAGAGAGAUCCACUACAUCACGAAUAUCAUCUAUGACAGAGCCGACCCCGAGGCGAAGGUGAGAGCUAUCAAGCUUAUGAGAGAAAUGAUAACGGAGUGCGCUGCCCUAGGAUUUGGAGAAUACCGCACCCAUCUGUUGUUUGCGGAUCAGGUGGCUAGCACAUAUAAUUGGAAUAACUCGGCUCUGAUGACCUUCAACGAGACGCUCAAGGAUGCUUUGGAUCCUAAUGGAAUUCUGGCCCCUGGUCGGAACGGGAUCUGGCCUAAGCAGUUUAGAGGAAAGGGAUGGGAAUUAGGAGCCGAUGCUAUUGACUUGACAUCCAUCGGGCCGCGUAAAUAAGUAAAAAUAAAAGAGGCUGUAGUGUAUUUAGCUGACGUCAAGGUCAAUAUUGAUGCCCAUUGGCUACAUGAUGUACAUAAUCUUCCUACUGCCCUGUGCAACGU